AUGGGUCUGACAUUCUCCUCCCUCUUCAACCGUCUCGCCUUCUGGUCCAAAGAGGAGGACAUCAGGAUCCUCAUGCUCGGCCUAGAUUCGGCAGGCAAGACUACCAUCCUCUACCGCUUGCAGAUUGGAGACGUCGUAUCCACGAUUCCCACCAUUGGCUUCAACGUGGAGACGCUGGAUUACAAGAAUAUCAAGUUUCAGGUCUGGGACCUAGGGGGACAGACGAGUAUAAGGCCCUAUUGGAGGUGUUAUUACGGGGGAACCAAGGCCGUCAUCUAUGUCAUCGACUCGUCGGAUCACGCUCGUCUGGCACUCUCGCGGUCUGAGCUCCACUCCUUACUGAAUGAAGAUGAGCUCAAAACCUCCAAGCUCCUCAUCUUUGCCAACAAGCAAGACGUGCCGGGGGCAGCGAGCGCAGCGGAAAUCAGUGAGAAGCUCGGGCUGACGGAUCUCAAGGAUAGGGAGUGGACCAUCGUAAAGAGUGUGGCAACCAAGGGCGAGGGCCUCGACGAAGGGAUGGACUGGUGAGCUAGUCAAUUCAAUUGCAACAAAAUAAUGUGGACGCUGGCUUGCUUCUCUGCUACACACAACCAUUGUAUUUACCCCCUCCAGCAUCUUCCGCAAACGACCCUACGACUGCGCUCCGUCAUUGUCCUCUCCCGCUUUCACUCAUGCCCAUCGACAGCACUGGCAUGCCUUGCCUUUA